CGGCCUUUUGGCCUCCGCAUACAACUUUCGACCACUUUCACGUUCAUCGCCAUGAGCUUCUGGGAGCGUCACAAGCACAACAUCUACAAGUACGGCCACAUCUAUGCCACACUCUACGGCCUCACGGUUAUCAAUUACAUACCGCAGCGUCCGACAAACACGUGCACCCACCGACUAGCCGUAAUUUACGGGCACACGAUCAGCGUCUUGCUCAUCGUCGUGCUGCCCAUCUACUUUGCGCGCAACAUCUCUGCACUAACCGAAGCGCACGACCAACGCGGCCAACUGUUGCUGCUCGUCAACUUCGCCAAUACGCUGCUUAAGUAUGUAACCGUUGUCGUGACAUAUGUCGCAAAUUUUGCACACUACGCGGCCAUACGCGCCGUCACCCGGAGGCGCCAGCAGCUCGAAGACGACUUCAACAGCAGCCUGCAGGUGCAACCGGUAUACGAUGAGCGGCCGCGCCGCCAAUUCGAGACUAUGCUGCUGUUCAAGUUCGGCAUAAUCAACGCCAUGAUGGCCGUGCAAGUGGCAAACAUACUCUACCAGCAUUGCACCGGCGCCCAUCCGGUGCGCGUGUAUAUCGCCGUGUAUACCUUUGUGCUGUGGAACUACACCGAGAACAUGGCUGACUAUUUCUACUUCAUCAACAGCAGUGCAUUGAAAUUCUACCAGCAACUCAAUCAACAGCUGCGGCAAGUGGUGCGCGAAGCGAAGCUCCUGCAUUACUUUCGGAUGCGCGGUCAGCGACGCGGCACUGUGCCGCAUCUGUGCGGGUUGCUGUGCGAGCGGCUAGAUACGCUGGCCCAGCGCUACCAGCAAAUAAAUCGACUCUACCAAGACAGCUUGACAAUGCAUCAGUUUCAGAUACUCGGCCUCAUCUUUAUUACGCUCGUCAGUAAUCUCACCAACUCGUUCAUCCUAUUCAAUCUGUUCGUGAAGCACUCACAGGCGCGCGCUUCGCCAGCCAUCGUGCUGAAUGCGCUGCAUGCCAUCAUCUUCUACGUGGACACCUACAUUGUGGCGCUGGUAAGUGAGAACAUCAGCCUGGAAUUGCGCGACAUUAAUCAGACGCUGCGUCAAUUCAAUCAGGUGAGCGAGCUGGAUGUGCGUCUACAGCAGACGAUCGAGUGCUUCACACUUUUUGUGACGAACAAUCAUGUGGAGGUUCGCAUCUGUGGCCUAUUUGUGCUGGACAGGAGCCUGACGUAUCUGACGGCAGCCACAGCAUUAUCAUAUUUCAUUACACUGGUGCAAUUCGAUUUGAACUUGAUGUAG